CGCCAGCCCGGCUCGGGCUCGGGCUCGGGCUCGGGCUCGGGCUCGGGCUCGGGCUCGGGCUCGGGCUCGGCGCCGCCGCAGGCCCACGCAGCGCAGCGCAGCGCAGCGCAGCGCCGACACUGCGGCGGGGGCGGCGGCGGCGGCGGCGGAGCGCGCAGGCGGCGCCGGGCCCCGGCGGGCUGCGCGGGGCUGCGCGGCGGCGGCGCCGCCCCUCCGCCGCCCCCGCCCCCUGCGCCCGCGGCGCGGCGCGGCUCGGCGCGGCGGCUCCGCACUGCCGGCAGGGCUAUGGCUGCGGAGGAGGUGCUGCAGAGCGCCGACCACUACAAGAGCGAGAUCGAGCGGCUGACCCGCGAGCUCUCGGAGACGACCCACGAGAAGAUCCAGGCGGCGGAGUAUGGGCUGGUGGUGCUGGAGGAGAAGCUCACCCUCAAGCAGCAGUACGACGAGCUGGAGGCGGAGUAUGACGGCCUCAAGCAGGAGCUGGAGCAGCUCAAGGAGGCAUUUGGACAAUCCUUCUCAAUUCACCGCAAAGUGGCUGAAGAUGGUGAAACACGUGAAGAGACUCUCCUCCAGGAGUCUGCAUCAAAGGAAGCUUAUUACCUAGGGAAGAUUUUGGAGAUGCAGAAUGAGCUGAAACAGAGCAGGGCAGUGGUCACCAACGUGCAGGCAGAGAAUGAGAGACUCACUGCUAUCGUCCAGGAUUUGAAAGAGAAUAACGAAAUGGUGGAACUACAGAGGAUACGAAUGAAAGACGAAAUUCGAGAAUACAAGUUUCGAGAGGCGAGACUUCUCCAGGACUACACUGAACUUGAAGAAGAAAAUAUCACUUUACAGAAACUGGUGUCCACACUGAAACAGAAUCAAGUUGAAUAUGAAGGCUUAAAGCAUGAGAUUAAACGCUUUGAGGAGGAGACAGUAUUGCUUAAUAGUCAGCUAGAAGAUGCCAUCCGGUUGAAGGAGAUUGCUGAGCAUCAGCUGGAGGAAGCCCUGGAAACUUUAAAAAAUGAAAGGGAGCAAAAGAACAAUCUGAGGAAGGAACUCUCCCAGUAUAUCAACCUCAGUGAUAGUAUGUAUAAUAACCAUAUUAAUAUAUCAGUAGAUGGAUUGAAGUUUGCAGAGGAUGGGAGCGAGCCCAACAAUGACGACAAAAUGAAUGGACAUAUCCAUGGGCCUCUUGUGAAACUCAACGGUGACUUCCGAACUCCCGCAGUUAGGAAAGGGGAAUCUCUGCAUCCAGUCUCGGACCUCUUCAGUGAGCUCAACAUAUCAGAAAUACAGAAGCUGAAGCAGCAACUCAUGCAGGUGGAAAGAGAGAAGGCUAUUCUCCUGGCCAAUCUUCAGGAGUCUCAGACGCAGCUGGAGCACACCAAGGGAGCCCUGACUGAGCAACAUGAGCGAGUCCACAGGCUCACAGAGCAUGUCAAUGCCAUGAGGGGGCUGCAGAGCAAUAAGGAGCUGAAAGCAGAGCUUGACUGUGAGAAGGGCCGAGACCCUGGGGAGGAAGCACAUGACUAUGAAGUGGACAUCAAUGGCUUGGAGAUCCUAGAAUGUAAAUACAAAGUAGCAGUUACUGAGGUGAUCGACCUUAAAGCUGAAAUCAAAGCCUUAAAGGAGAAAUAUAAUAAAUAUGUGGAAAACUACACUGAAGAGAAGGCCAAAUAUGAGAGCAGAAUCCAGACGUACAAUGAGCAGGUGACAAACCUGGAGAAAUCAACCAAGGAAAGCCAGGAAAAAAUGGUCCACAUGGAGAAGGAAUUACAAAGGAUGACAAGCAUAGCAAACGAAAACCAUAAUACCCUCAACACCGCCCAGGACGAGCUGGUGACCUUUAGCGAGGAGCUGGCUCAGCUCUACCAUCAUGUCUGCCUGUGCAACAACGAGACACCAAACAGGGUCAUGUUGGACUAUUACAGGCAAAGCAGAGUCACUCGUAGCGGAAGCCUGAAGGGACCGGAUGACCCUCGAGGUCUCCUUUCCCCACGGCUCGCCAGAAGGGGAAUGGCAUCGCCAGUAGAAGCCAGGACCCCGACCGAACAGGUGACAAAAGAGGGCACAGAGCCUGGCAAGGAGCAGAGCCCAACAAAAACACCUACAAUUUCUCCUGUCAUCACAGCCCCACCUUCUUCCCCAGUCUCCGAUACUAGUGACAUUCGCAAAGAGCCGAUGAACAUCUACAACCUCAAUGCCAUAAUAAGGGACCAAAUCAAGCACUUGCAGAAGGCUGUAGAUCGGUCACUGCAGCUGUCUCGCCAGCGCGCAGCAGCUCGGGAGCUGGCGCCCAUGAUUGACAAAGACAAGGAGGCCUUAAUGGAAGAGAUACUGAAACUGAAAUCACUCCUGAGUACAAAGCGGGAGCAGAUAGCAACCCUGAGGGCAGUGCUGAAAGCCAACAAGCAGACAGCUGAAGUGGCAUUAGCCAAUUUGAAGAAUAAAUACGAAAAUGAGAAAGCAAUGGUGACUGAAACCAUGACCAAACUACGAAAUGAACUGAAGGCUUUGAAGGAAGAUGCAGCAACCUUCUCAUCCUUGCGAGCAAUGUUUGCAACCAGGUGUGAUGAGUACGUCACGCAGCUGGAUGAGAUGCAAAGGCAGCUAGCAGCUGCAGAGGAUGAGAAGAAGACCCUAAACUCUCUGUUGCGCAUGGCUAUCCAGCAAAAGCUUGCCCUCACCCAGCGACUGGAGGAUUUAGAGUUCGACCAUGAGCAGUCCCGACGCAGCAAAGGCAAGCUUGGAAAGAGCAAGAUCGGCAGCCCUAAAGUAAGUGAGGAGGCAUCAGCCACCGUGCCAACCAUAGACACUUUCCUCCUGCAUAGUCAGGGCCCACAGCAACCAAACUUACUGGUCAGCAGUGGCACUCAGAGGAAAAGACUAUUCUCACCUUCCCUUUGUGAUCAGAGCCAUCCCAGGACUUCAGGGACCUACCUACAGAAAUUAUUAAGAGCCCCCCCUCAUCCUGCCUCCACAGAAUCAUAUCUUCUGAGGGGCCCCCCUUCCAUGAGUGAAUUCAUCCAUGGGCACCGUCUCAACAAGGAAAAAAGGUUAACCGUGGCCACACCAGCAGGGUUUUUAAAAUCGGGUGUUUUAACUGAAUGUGGCGCUCUUCCCAAAAAUGAUUGUCAGCAGCCUGCUGCCUCCAUACCGCCACACGGCUCACAACUAGCCAGGGGGCCAGAUUGCCAGACUGUCAGUCCUAAUGCUCUUCCAGAAGAGCAGCCACAUUCCAGCUCUCAGUGUGCCCCUCUCAACUGUCUCUCUAAGCCUCCUCCUUACCCCUAAUCUUCAUAUGCAACAUAAGAGAAAACACAAACAGAGCGGAGUUGAUGCAACAAGGGGUCGGGUUGUUCCCAGCGAGCCGGCAGACAGUCCUGCCUUGUUGCUGCGUUGACAAGCCUGGAUUCAAAUCCACUGUUCUGGCAGCAGAGGGAAGGUUGAGAAGAAGAACACAAAGCACAGAGCCCAACCUAUCAAGAAGACUUUUUAUGGUUCCUCUGAUUGUAUCCAAACUUUGCUAUCACAAUUACGGUGUAGUGAAAUUUAACAUCCCGACAAAAUGUUCCUCCCAGCUGCUUGGCUUUACCUCUGGAAUACUGAGAGACUUAAGCCAAUAUUUAAAAAAGUAUGUUACAAAAAUCCUACCCUCCCAUUCUGUAAGUUCAGCCAUAGGAACCAGUUCAGAUUUCUUUUUGUCAUUAAGGGUGUGGUAUUUAUUUCUUACUUUAUUUGCAUCAUAAUUUUGUGUUUAUAAAAUACAGUCUUUUUGAGAGAGUUGUAUUUAAUUCAUUUUAUUUUUUUAAAAAAAACAAGCAGAAAUAGCUUAAGUGAAGAAUGACUGAGUUAAUAUUAAAAAAAAAAAAAAAAGAAGUGUUGCAUUGGCCAGCAUAUGGCCAAUUUGUAUUGCACAAAAACGUUGGAAAUGGGUUGAAUUGGAAAGUUAACAAUGACUGUAUAUUUUGCUGCUGCACUGAUAUUGUUUAUGCACUUAUUUUCUAAUUCCUAUUACGCUAGCUUCUGGUUUUGUUGUAGCUCUUCACUGAAAGAUAAUUAUUAAGCCUAAGAAGGAGAUGAAAGGAUGGUGUAUUGAUUUGUUUUCAACUGUUUGCUUGCAUCGUAAUUACAUUUUUGCAUUUCAGACAAGUAGAUGAAUUGGUGCUGUUUUUUGGGUUACUUUCUAUUUGGUACCUGAGGAAGAAUAUCUAAAACAAGUAAAAUGUUGUGUGCUAAUUAAAAACAUUCUUUCCUCCUGCUCCCGUAUUCAGGAUACUAGCUCGAGGCCUUACCGUGAAAGGCUAAUAUGAAUGGCGAAGUUGUAUGCAUUUUGUGUGAAGUAUUCUGUGGUGAAAUAACUCCCGCAGGUGAGGUUAACGGUGUGGAUCAACGUUAGUAGGAUUUUACUGUAGUGCAUUUUUUCCUUGCCAAAAAUUGACAGAUACCGAACCUUAGCUCAUGUCAGUUUAUGACAAAUACUCAGGUGAUCUGCGCUACACAGAUUCUAUUGCAACAGUGCACAGUGUUCCUAGUUAAAGAUUCUUUCCUGCAAAAGCUGAACAGAUUUUUUUUUUUUUAAAGGGUGGAUUUCAGAACAAAAUCAAGGAUCGCAGAGUUUAUUUUGCACAAUACCUGACAGCAAGGCUAGUGGCUAAGCAAGAUGUAAUGUUUUAGCAUCUGUGGGCUUCCCAUCUGGUUAUCAAAUAGAAAAGAAGUCCUCAGUACUGCCCACUUGCUGGUAAUUAGCACACUCCUUGCUCUUUGUCAGGUGGCCUUAAUUUCUUUACAGAUGAAAGGCUUAGGUUUUUCCACAUCACUCUGUUCCUUCUCUGCAGCAUAAGUAUGAUCUACAAGCUCAAAAGACAGUACAGCCUAAAGUGCAGAGCAGUUGAAAAAAAUUGCUGCAGAGACAGUUGGAGUAAUUCCUUUAUAUUUUUGUCUGUAUCUGAGAAAACAAACUCAGUCGUCUGUUAUUAACAGUGCUAACCAAAUGUUAUGAUACACAGAGCAUCAGCAGAGGAAAGAAUCCGUGACCAAUCAGUGUGCCUAACUAUCAUUAUCACCGUAGUACCAGUAAUGAAGGUGCUGUAAAUAGAAGUACUCUAUGUAAUCAACAGUGUAUGUCAUGUAACCUUGGCAAAGCAGCUGAGCUAUUGUAACAAAACAUUCAGAGUCAGAGGUGGAGAAAAUAGCAGCAAACUGUUAUCAAAUUCUGAUCAGAUCAAACAGACAACACUUGGCAGUGUUUCUGCUUAGGUUUCUGUGCAGUUCACAUGAUUCUUGUAUACAUUUACAUAACUAUUUAGUAUCAUACUUAAUCUACAUGUUGUCUUGUCAUAGGAAAGUCAAGAAAAACUUGUUUAAGCUCUAUCAUAUUUUUGGCACUGAGAUUAGCUGCUAUUUUGAUUUUUACUAAAGAAACGUUUUGCCUGAGGCAAAUGUUGCCUUUAAAAAGCAUCUCCGAAUUCCUGACCUUGUCAGACUGCUGCAUUAAUACUCUACAGUGGUGAUGUCUUUGUCCAACAAAGACAGCUACUGUGUGUUGUUCAGUGGGAAAAGAAUUUGCAUUGCACAUUGAAUACAGUUACCGCAAGCUUUACUUGGAAUAUUUUUACCUAUUUUCGUAUCCAAACCAAAAAUUUUUCCCUCAAUUUAAAAGUUAAAUUGACCAGAAAUUCAGUGAAAUACAUUUCCUUUCUACAUAUGAAUUUAUUGCAAAAAUUAUUUGUAUUGAAACAUUUGUUUGGUAAUGUAUUUGUUUCCAAUUGUGAUUUGCAAAGCAACUUUGGCAAAUUGAAACAUUGUGCUGGUACGUCCAUGUGGAUCAAGAGUUAUAGAAUAGCAUCCAGUGGUUUAGAGAUUGUGGCCAUGUUUUAUAGAAAUCAGUGGGUUUAUUAAAUUUUUUAUUCUCUUAAGCUUUAAACUCUUCAUUUCUAAUUUUUCAAUUUAUAUUUCUUUAAUAAAACGUAAGUGUUGGAAAGUUAAGAGAACUAGAAACAAAGCAGCUUAAAUGUACAAUUGACUGUAGUUAUUGCAUUGUAAGUUAUAAAACUGUGUAGGUCCCCAGGACAGCUUUUGUCAGUUAAUCAGUACAAAAUAAAAUAUGUAUCUUGAACUUGAGAUGAUAAACUCUUCUUUAUUAUUUUAUGAUUGAUGACAUACAACUUUGUGAGAGAUUUCAUAGGAAGUAUUUACAUGCAGACAAAAAUGAACAAAAGCAUGUCUUUUUAAGAGUUGCAAAAUACUGUACUUCACGUAUUUAGAGUUAAUUUCCAAUGUGUUGAUACCUGUUUUGAUUUUUAAAGAUUAAAAAAAUAAGAAAAAAGAUGCAUAUAUUUUCUAAAGGUCAUAUUUACUUUAAAAUGCUGAAGUGUGUCCUACACAGGAAAGAAGUGAUUUUCAAAUCCUGCUUUGGCUUUCAUGCCUGCAAUGCAGCUUUUGUUCUCUAGGAGGGCCUUGACAUUUCUUUGGGUGUGGAAUAGUCUGUUCAGAUCUGGGGCAGUCUGUUUUGGGCUUUAUUUUCUCACACAAGGGAAGAAAGUAUUCCUUGUUCAGUGAAAUGAUCCACUUCUGGAAAUCCAGUUUAUAGGAAAUGUGUGAAAUAACGAAACAAAUGUAUAGAUUAAAAUAUAAGGGGAGAAGACGAUGAAUGAACAAGAAAUUGCAAAUUGUCAUAGUAUGGAAAAUAUUUUCUAUCAGUCAGAAGAUAAAUGGAGGCUUUCACAGAAAGAGGAAAUACUGUCAUUUCUCAUGCUAACCAUACAGAAGUUUCUGCCUUGUAGGUGGAGGUGAUAGUGAGAUUCUUUCUGCUUGAUCUGAUUGACAGGCUGGCAUCUCUGCGCUUGCUCCAUCCAAAUUUUUCCCAGUAAAUUAAUCAUAGUUAUACUGUAGGGUUCAUAGAAUGAAGCUAUAAUUAAGGUAACGCUGCAAGUUUUAAUGCCAAGAUGAAUUUCAGUUUAUUUUCAAUUAAAAAGGAUUCUGAAAUUGUUUUAGUCAUUUGCCAUAUUUAAGUGUAAGCAAAAAGGAGAUUAUAUUAUGAAAUACAGUCUAGACCUCAUCUAUGAAGGCUGCUUAUGAUAAUUAUGUUGCAAAUGCUUAAGUACAGCUGUUAGGAAAGUGGAACACACUGGGGACGACCUCCACAAGUCUGGGCCCUUAUUUUGAUACCAAGCUUGUCACUCGGCGUGCAGCGCAGAAGUUGGUAGGAGUUGUGGUGCCUGUUCCAGUAUAGCUGGAUUGAGGUCAUCGCAGGGUACAGAUCAGAUCAGCCCCUUGGAGGUCUGUUUCCUUUCUCUGGCGGAAGAUGGACAUCCAUGGAGGUAUAGUGAACUUAUUUCUUUCUGUACUUCAGAAGUCUUUGUUUGAAAAUGGCAGGAGUGAUGUUUUACCUUUGAGGUAUGAUCAUUGCUAUAGUUACCUCUUAAAAAAUUACAGUCAUCACUUUUCUUCAGUUUUCUUUCUUUGUGUGUGCAGUGCAUCUGAAACGGAUAUACAGUAUUCAGACUUUUUUAACCAUUGAGAGUUGUUUUUUUUUUUUAAUAGAAUUAAGCACCUGUGGGAAAGAAACAAAAAAGCAAUUGCCUUUCGCCUUAAGGCACGAAAGCAUCUAAAUAUGCAAUGUAAAAUGCGUGCAUGAGAUUCUUAACAUCAUGUAGCUUUUCCAUAUCCAUGAUUAAACUAGAAAAUUCUUAUUUAUUGUGUGAUAUGCAUAUUCCUUGUGUUAGAAAGGCAAGAAGACUAUCACACAGAGUCUGUAUCUUUCAUUCUGAGAUGCAGGGCUUAAAUCCGUGUUGGAUUUUAAUCUGUUUCCUGUGGAGUUCUUGAAAAUCCCCUCCAUGAAAUCAAACAGCACCCAAGUGACAGACUGACAAGAGGUAAAGGAAAAAUCCUGUGUUCCAUGAACGGAGUUAAUGUGCAGGCAGACUCUGGGUGAUAGGGCCUUGUGUUUCAAAAAGUGUCUUUCUAUGAAGGUCUGUGUUGGUUUUGCUCAUCAUUAUUAGCUGUAGCAGAAACAGUGGAGAAGAGUGUAUGUUUUUUCUCAGCAUCAGUAAACUGAAUUAAAUAGACAGUUUUUUAAUAAAAGCUACGGUUGUUUUGAUUUCAAGAAUAUUUUGGAAAAUAAUGAACACGAGAGGUUGAUACAAGUUUCAAGUAGACUGGUUUGCUAGCUGAGCCGUUAUUUCAUCAGCUAUGAAGAAGAAAUAAGAGUAAUCUAGCUUUUAUUUUCCUAUUCACAGAUAUGGCCAUUUGGGUGCCAUGCCAGUGGAUAAAUUAAGUCCAUUUUAUUAGUUAUUGCCCUAUUGACUUAAGCCCUGUGGUUUGACUGUUAAAGGGUUAAUUAACUUGAUCCUUUGUAAACAAUUUAAAACAACGAAAACUGAUGUUUUGUGACUUUUGUAAUCUAUUGAAUGUUUCCAUUUGCAUGAUGUUCUGUAUCUAAUGAACCAUACAGAUUGCUGUGUUCCUUUCGGAAGAGUUUUCACAUUGGUGGUGUUUGUGGAAAAACACAAAUUUGUAUACUGUAUGUUUACUGCUGUAAUAACUCAGCUACUCCUGUGUUGAAUUGACAUUAUGUUGUCCUGCCUUCUUGGGGUUAAAUGAUGGAGUGUUUCUAGGUGGUGAAGAAUAUGAAAGUAUAUGUGUUCAUUUGCUAAAGACUGAAUAUUGGAAACUCUUCUUGUUGCUACUUUAUGCUAAAAGCAAAAAAGUUAAAUAAUUCUUGUUUCCAAAAAAUGCAUCAUUUGUUUUUAAAAUCGAAGUAAUUCCCAUGUUAACUCUUCCUUGUCCUUGUAGACAAUCUUAGGUUAAUGCCUUGUGAGGGAUUCAUAAAGUCUGUGCUUGUACAUGUGUAAUAUGAUCAUGCAGUCAAAUGGUUGGGAAAAACACUCUAGUGCUGAAGAAAAUAAUUAAAAGAAGCCAAUAUACUGAUUCUUACAUCUUUAUGUUCAAAUUAAAAUUACAGUGUAAUGCAUAACUGUUCCAGUGAAUAAACUGGCCAUUUUUGUUCAUUUAA